CGAAUCGAGGCAGGCGAGAGGUGAAGCGGGGACUCCGUGCGAGCCGCAUUGUCGUCGUCGCUGUGUUGGUUGAGACCACGGUCCCUUUUGCAGAGAGCGACAAAGGAGGAAGAGAGAAGGAGGAAGGAGGAAGAGAGAAGAGUGCCGUGGCAGGAGCAAUUCUUCGACCGGAAUCUGAAUCUGAUUGAAUUUCCCUCGAAAAUUCCACGUGAAAUACUUCAACUCGAACUGGAGUCGAACGGGAUUUCGGUCUGAGACCAAACAAAUUUCCCUCCUCCCCGAAUCUCUCGUGGAAACGUUUCAACUUCGAUCCGAACUGGAGUCAAAAGGGAAUUCAGAUUAAACUCCGGCAGAAUUUUCCCCCAAUUCUGGUUGAAAUAUUUCAUCUCGGCACCAAGAAGGAUUGGGUGUCAGUUUGGCUGAAUAUUAUUACCUAGAUUUCUGGGUGAAAUAUUUCAUCUCGGCGUCAAGAAGGAUUGGGUGUCAGUUUGGCUGAAUAUUACCUAGAUUUCUGGGUGAAAUAUUUCAUCUCGGCGUCAAGAAGGAUUGGGUGUCCGUUUGGCUGAAUAUUAUUACCUAGAUUUCUGGGUGAAAUAUUUCAACUUGAAGCCGAAACAAGAGUCGAACGCAGAUUCGGUCUGAAUUUUACCCCGAAUUUCUGGGUGAAAUAGUUGGACAGGAAGCCAAGAAACAAGUCUAACCAGAAUUGGGUCUGAGACCGGCUGAAUUCGACUCCAAAUCUUUCAACGAACUGGAAUCAAGGGAGAUUUUGUCCGAGCGUGGUCGAAUUUCUCGGAAUAUUACGAAUUGAACGGUCGUCAUUCAACUCCGAAAACAGUGUCAGUUAGAUAACGAUGUCAAGCCAGAAUUGGGUCUGAGACCAGCUGAAUUGGAUUCCAAAUCUUUCCAGAAGUAUUCCAAGAAACCGGAAUCAAAAGUGGAUUUGGUCUGAACUUGGUCGAAUUUUUCGAAAUAUUACGAAUUGAACGGUCGUCAUUCAACUCCAAAAACAGUGUCAGUUAGAUAACGAUGUCGAGCCAGAAUUGGGUCUGAGACCAGCUGAAUUGGAUUCCAAAUCUUUCCAGAAGUAUUCCAAGAAACCGGAAUCAAAAGGGGAUUUGGUCUGAACUUGGUCGAUUUUUCGGAAUAUUACGAAUUGAACGGUCGUCAUUUAACCCCAAAAACAGUGUCAAUUUGAUAGUUAUAUCAAACCAGAAUUGGGUCUGAGACCAGCUGAAUUUGGUUCCCAAUCUUUCAAGCAGUAUUCCAAGAAACUGGAAUCAAAAGGGGAUUUGGUCUGAACUUGGUCGAAUUUCUCGGAAUAUUACGAAUUGAACGGUCGUCAUUCAACUCCGAAAGCAGAUGUCAAGCCAGAAUUGGGUCUGAGACCAGCUGAAUUGGAUUCCAAAUCUUUCCAGAAGUAUUCCAAGAAACCGGAAUCAAAAGGAGAUUUGGUCCGAGCCCGGUCGAAUUUUGCGGAGUUUUAGGGAGUUGUACGUACUCGUAUGGAAACAGUCGCCAUUCGACCUUGAAAACAGUGACGGUUCGAUAAUAAUGGGGUGAAUCCGUUUUGAGUUUCCUCGUUUUGGGAAAAUAAGGAGUUCUUCUUUGACCGUCCAAGUCUUCGGAUCUUUUUGGAGAGGCAAGGGAAGCAUUUACACCCGCACAGACCGGGGAUCUUGCCGCCAUGCAAGUCUCGUUCGUGUGUUCGGACCACAACAUCAAGAGCCGGAGCGCUGAGGACCGGCUCAACCGGCAGAAUGCCAGCAGCAGCAGCCCCAGCACUCGGGGACGCUUCCGGGCGGUGGCCAUGGUGGCCCGCAGUUUGGGACACCUCUCCGCGCAGAACACCCAUGUGGCCAGCGAGGCCGGCGGUUCGAAACAGAGCGGAAUGAAGUACAGAAACCUCGGCAAGUCGGGACUGAGGGUGUCGUGCCUCGGAUUAGGGACAUGGGUGACGUUUGGAGGGCAGAUAACAGACGAGAUGGCAGAGCAGCUGAUGACGCUGGCCUACGACAACGGGAUCAAUCUCUUCGACACGGCCGAGGUCUACGCCGCAGGGAAGGCUGAGGUUGUCUUGGGGAAUAUCAUCAAGAAGAAAGGAUGGAGACGUUCCAGCCUGGUGAUCACAACCAAAAUCUUCUGGGGAGGAAAGGCUGAGACGGAGCGAGGCCUUUCCAGGAAGCACAUUAUAGAAGGUUUGAAAGCCUCCUUAGAGCGGCUGCAGCUAGAAUACGUGGAUGUGGUGUUCGCCAACCGACCGGACCCCAACACGCCGAUGGAAGGGAAUUCUUUUAGCUCUUCCAAGUCGCGAACGUUCAUCAUCGAAGAGACGGUCCGGGCGAUGACCCACGUCAUCAACCAAGGCAUGGCCAUGUAUUGGGGGACAUCGCGAUGGAGCUCCAUGGAGAUUAUGGUAAUGUCGAAUGCACAGCCAUGUUCCGAAGGAAUUACAAAUAAUGAUAAUGAUAAUUUUAUUUCUUACCGCUGCUCAGAUCUCAUGAAAAGGAGGAGGGUGGAUAUGGAGUCAGGUGCGGAGAGGGAGGAAUCUGUCAAUCCGGCAAGAAACCCUAUUGGCGACCACGAAGGGACCUUUGUCAUUGCAAGCAAAAAGGGACUCUCGCAAAGAGGUUGGAAAUGCCGCGGAAUGGACCUUGUUGUUUCCUUCUUGCUUCUGCCCACAACCCGGUUUCCUUUCCUUCCCACAGGUGUGGGCGCGAUGACGUGGUCCCCCCUCGCGUGUGGAAUCGUGUCGGGGAAAUACGACGGUGGGAUCCCGCCUUACUCGCGGGCGUCACUCAAAGGCUACCAGUGGCUGAAAGACAAGAUCCUGAGUGAGGAAGGCAGGCGGCAGCAAGCCAAGCUGAAAGAGUUGCAAGCCAUCGCGGAGCGGCUGGGAUGCACGCUGCCCCAGCUGGCCAUUGCCUGGUGUUUACGGAACGAAGGUGUCAGUUCGGUUCUGCUGGGAGCGUCCAACGCAGACCAGCUAAUGGAAAACAUCGGAGCAAUACAGGUCCUCCCCAAACUUUCCUCUUCGAUUAUCCAUGAGAUCGAUAGCAUCUUGGGCAAUAAACCCUACAGCAAAAAGGACUACCGAUCCUAAUUGGAGAACGAACCCCGCUUGCCUGGGACUUUUUCCUCGACUCCUCGCCUCUCCCGUUUGCUUGCUUAAAGCUACAUCAAAGCCAAGCGAAGAGUUAACGGCCCUCGUCCAAGAAUUAAAUAACUUAAAACAG